AUGGCAGCAGACAGCACGAUGCCUAAUGGCCAAGAAACGGCCUCCUUGAACGGAGAGCCAGCUUUCAAGCGACUUCGGGAGAAUGGACAGGUCGAGUCCCUGCGGACUCCGAAGGAACCUCGGAAUAAAGUAACCGUGGUCCUCGGUGCGCAAUGGGGAGACGAGGGAAAGGGGAAAGUGGUUGACCUGCUAGCCAUGGACGCAGACAUAGUAUGCAGGUGUCAGGUACGUAGCUAGCUAUGCUAACUAGCUAUCUAAGCUAAACCAGCAAACACACAAACAAGGCAUUUGAAUUUGACAAAAAUACGUCAGUCGUUAGGCUGCGUUAGCAAGGCCUAAACAAAACCAAUACUAGCUAGUGUAUAAAAAUAUUUAGGAAGCUAGCUAUUAGCCAAUUAUCAUGCAAACCUACAAACUUGCUAACCUUAGUGGCCAGCUAGCUAAGAAUGCUAUCUAGUGGUAGCGGAUAACGACCCCCCAACAAAUGGGUUAUCUAGAGAUUACUAGCUUGGUUUCCAACUGGAGUUAUCGAGAUAGCCUUCAUCUCGGCUCCCAUGAUAAAAUACUACCUACAUUGGUUUCAUUCGACUAACUUUGACCUUGUGAUCAGUGCCCUAUUUGCAGUCAAGUUAGAUAAUGUCAGUGGCUGCUGCAGUUCAGUGCAGCACAGAGAAGCCCAAGGCAUUAGAAUGUUUCCGCUGUCCCAUGCUAGUGUAAGGUGUCCAUAUGUUGUAUCACAGUUCAGUUUUGUAGCCGUUCAAAUAAUGCCCUACCAGUUGGCUGGUAAUUACUUAUCAACAGAAUUUGCCUGUGCUCCUCCUCUUGGUGUUCAUGUAAAUACCUUCCUCAGGUAUUUACAUGACCACUGAGUGGCACAGUGGUCUAAGGCACUGCAUCGCAGUGCUAACUGUGCCACUAGAGAUCCUGGUUCGAAUCCAGGCUCUGUCGCUGCCGGCCGCGACCAGGAGACUCAUGGGCGGCGCACAAUUGGCCCAGCGUCGUCCAGGGUAGGGGAGGGAAUGGCCGGCAGGGAUGUAGCUCAGUUGAUAGAGCAUGGCGUUUGCAAUGCCAGGGUUAUGGGUUCGAUUCCCACGGGGGGCCAGUAUAAAGACUAACUGUAAGUCGCUCUGGAUAAGAGCGUCUGCUAAAUGACUAAAAUGUAAAUGUAUGUGCUUAGGCCCCUCCUGUACUCCCUGUUCACCCACGACUGUGUGGCCAAGCACGACUCCAACACCAACAAGUUUGCUGAAGACACAACAGCCUGAUCACUGACAACGAUGAGACAGCCUAUAGGGAGGAGGUCAGACACCUGGCAGUGUGGUGCCAGGACAACAACCUCUCCCUCAACGUGAGCAAGACAAAGGAGCUGAUCGUGGACUACAGGAAAAGGAGGGCCGAACACGCCCCCAUUCACAUCGACAGCGCUGUCCACAUCACCAACAAACAAACUAUCAUGGUCCAAACACAUCAAGACAGACGUGAAGAGGGCACGACAAGACCUCCCCCUCAGGAGACUGAAAAGAUUUGGCAUGGGGCCCCAAAUCCUCAAAAAGUUAUAUAGCUGCACCAUCGAGAGCAUCCUGACCAGUUGCAUCACUGCCUGGUAUGGCAACUGCUCGGCAUCCGACCGUAAGGCGCUACAAAGGGAAGUACUUACGUCACUGGGGCCAAGCUUCCUGCCAUCCAGGACCUAUAUACUAGGCGGUGUCAGAGGAAGGCCCCAAAAAUUGUCAAAGACUCCAGUCACCCAAGUCACGGCAAGCGGUACCGGAGCACCAAGUCUAGGUCCAAAAGGCUCCUUAACAGCUUCUACCCCCAAGCCAUAAGACUGCUGAACAAUUAAUCAAAUGGCCACCCAGACUAUUUACAUUGACCCCCCCCCCCCCUCCAUGUUUUUACACUGCUGCUACUCGCUGCUUAUUAUCUAUGCAAAUGUACUUUACCCCUACCUACAUUUACAAAUUACCUUGACUAACCUGUACCCCCGCACAUUGACUCGGUAUCGGUACCCCCUGUAUAUAGCCUCGGUAUUGUUACUUUUUACUUUCGUUUAUUUAGUAAAUAUUUUCCUAACUCUAUUUCUUGAACUACAUUGUUGGUUAAGGGCUUGUAAGUAAGCAUUUCACGGUAAGGUCUACACCUGUUGUAUUUGGCGCAUGUGACAAAUAAAAUUUGAUUCGAUUUGUCUCAUCCAGGGAGGCAACAACGCAGGCCACACAGUGGUGGUGGACUCUGUGGAGUAUGACUUUCACCUGCUCCCCAGCGGAGUGCUCAACAAGAAGGCUGUCUCAUUUAUUGGUGGGUUGACCCUCUCACUGGCACUUCAGCCUCUAAGCUGCUUUCACUUGUUAGGAUUCCUGUUCAAAUCAUCCCUAACUGAACUGCUUAUCCACAGGGAACGGGGUUGUGAUACACCUGCCUGGGCUCUUUGAGGAGGCUGAAAAUAACCUGCAGAAAGGCAAAGGUAAGUAUUUGCAAAAGAGGCUUGCAGGAAAGAUGAGGGAUAAAAGGGUGAUGGAUGAAUGAAGUGGAACAAGACCUGCAAUUUAUUGUCUUUGUCCAGGACUGCAAGGAUGGGAGGAGCGUUUAAAGAUUUCUGACCGUGCACACAUUGGUAAGUCUGUAUGACUCGGUUGUAUGUUUUACAAACCUAUGGUUUAGUGUUUUGCAAUUCCAUUAAUUUACUAUUUUUCUUUGCCUCAUCCGCUAAUAGUGUUCAACUUCCACCAAGCUGUUGAUGGGAUCCAGGAACAACAGAGACAGCUACAGGCGGGAAAGAAGUGCGUGGGUUUUACUGUAUGAGGAAGUGUUAAUGACUAUCUGGGCUCGUAUUUAUAAAGCAUGUCAGAGUAGGAGUGCUGAUCUAUGAGACACUUUGUUUAGACGAGCCCUCUUAAUUUUACUAUAUGUUCCAAUUCAUCCCAAAGGUGUUCGAUGGGGUUGAGGUCAGGGCUCUGUGCAAGCCAGUCAAGUUCUUCCACACCGAUGUCAACAAACCAUUUCUGUAUGGACCUCGCUUUGUGCACAGGGGCGUUGUCAGGCUGAAAUAGGAAAGGACAUUCCCCAAACUGUUGCCACAAAGUUGGAAGGACAGAAUCGUCUAGAAUGUCAUUGUAUGCUGUAGCGUUAAGUUUUCCCUUCACUGGAACUAAGGGGCCUAGCCCAAACCAUGAAAAUCAGCCCCAGACCAUUAUUCCUCUUCCACCAAACGUUACAGUUGGCACUAUGCAUUGGGGCAGGUAGCGUUCUCCUGUCAUCCGCCAAACACAGAUUCGUCCGUAUGACUGCCAGGUAGUGAAGCGUGAAUAAUCACUCCAGAGAGUGCGUUUCCACUGGUCCAGAGUCCAAUGGCGGCAAGCUUUACACCACUCCAGCCGACGCUUGGCAUUGCGCUUGGUAAUCAUAGGCUUGUGUGCGGCUGCUCGGCCAUGGAAACCCAUUUCAUGAAGCUCCCGACGAACAGUUAUUGUGCUGACGUUGCUUCCAGAGGCAGUUUGGAACUCGGUAGUGAGUGUUGCACCGAGGACAGACAAUUUUUACAUGCUUCAGCACUCGGCGGUCCCGUUCUGUGAGUUUUUGUGGCCUACCACUUCGCGGCUGAGCUGUUUUUGCUCCUAGGUGUUUCCACUUCACAAUAACAGCACUUACAGUUGACCGGGGCAGCUCUAGCAAGGCAGACAUUUGACGAACUGACUUGUUGGAAAGGUGGCAUCCUAUGAUGGUGCCCCGUUGAAAGUCACAGCUCUUCAGUAAGGCCAUUCUACUGCCAAUGUUUGUCUAUGGAGAUUGCAUGGCUGUGUGCUCGAUUGUAUACACCUGUCAGCAACGGGUGUGGCUGAAAUAGCCGAAUCCACUAAUUUGAAGGGGUGUCCACAUACUUUUGUAUACAUAUUAUAAGUACUUAGUUUUAUUAGUAGUUGUAGAAGUAGCUCAUUUGUAUUAGGUGUAGGCCUAUUAGUAGUUGUACAGCAAAUAUUUUAUGCUGUUAAUGUACGUUUUUGUGUUUCAUUAUUCUUCUUACUAAGUAUUGUUUAUUUAUUUAUUUUUUUUUCAUUUGGACACUUGAAUACGAGAUCCUGCAAAAUGUCAAAUAAAAUAAAUAAAUAUGGUCAGUGAUUGCAGCUAUUAAAUAAUUAAGUCAUGGUAGCCUUUCUGGGCUACUGCCAAGGCAGUAUUGUAUAUUCUUUCUGUGGCACUCCUGAACGUCCACUUUCUGUUUUUGAUUGUUUUCUAGUUUGGGAACCACCAAAAAGGGCAUUGGACCUGCCUAUUCUUCCAAAGCUGCUCGCAAUGGACUGAGAGUCUGUGACCUUGUGUCUGAUUUUACCGUCUUUGAGGAGAAGUCAGUACCCAAAUUAUUGUUUUUAAGAAUGCAUGGUGAUGCUUUCAACCCUUAACUUUAUUUAAGUCAUUGAUAUUGAUUGGUAGUGGAUGUCCUUUUCUUCUUCCACAGGUUCCGUGUAUUGGCAGAGCAUUUUCUGACUAUGUACCCCAACCUCAAUGUUGACAUUGACAAUGAGCUGCAGCAACUGAAGGUAAAAAGAAUAUUGCUUGAAUUAUGUAAUAUCUUUACUUAAAUAAAACUUUGGACUUAGCCAUCACCUGCCCAGGAUGCAGUCAGGGAUGCUAGUCCAGUUAUGUCUUGUUUGUGCCCAAUGAAUGUGAUCCUGUUUUUGAGGGGUCUCUUUAUGCAGGUUGAUACCGUCUCAAUUGAGCUGAUUCCUUGCAGCACAGCUCUUGUUUGUCUUCCAGGAGUAAAGCGAAAAUGUAAAGAGAAGAUUCUGAGAGGUUUCUCUGUGCUCCAGUAGGUGUUUAGUCACUGAUUUUUCCCUCCUCUUUUCCAGGAGUAUGCUGAGAGGUUGCGUCCCCUUGUGACCGACGGGGUGUACUUCAUGCACAAGGCACUCACUGGGCCCAGCAAGAAGAUCCUGGUGGAGGGAGCCAAUGCAGCCCUCCUGGAUAUUGACUUUGGUGAGAACAGAAGGAGUUGAGGGGGUAAAUGAUUAUGCUGCUCUGCUGUUUGCCAUUUAGUGAUUGCCAUUGGAAUAUAAUUUGAAGGAAGUGGAAUAAUAAUUUGUCUUUUUCAGGUACCUACCCAUUUGUGACGUCCUCUAACUGCACUGUUGGGGGAGUGUGCACUGGCCUAGGUGUGCCCCCGUCCUAUGUGGGGAGGGUGUAUGGUGUGGUCAAGGCCUACACCACCCGGGUAGGCGUUGGAGCUUUCCCCACUGAGCAGGACAAUGUGAGUGGAUAGAAUUUGUUGUGCGGAAUCAAUGUUGUGUGCUAAGCCUUGCAGUAUGAAUUUGUUGUGGCAUAAACAUACUAUCUCUUCCAGUACUUCAUAUUUACAUUCAGUUUUAUAGUGAAUCCCAUAUCUAACUGCUGUUGUUUUGGUCCAGGAGGUUGGCAACUUGUUGCAGUCCAGAGGGAGGGAGUUUGGUGUGACGACGGACAGACGGCGCCGCUGUGGCUGGCUGGACCUGAUUCUGGUCAGAUACGCCCACAUGGUCAAUGGCUUCACUGCGUAAGGCUCAGUCUCUCCUGCUUGUGUCCUCCUUUCUGUAUGUGUUCCAUACUGUAUGCAUUGUAAUUAUUGGAGUGCAGUGUUCAGCCUCCUAUGUUAAAUUGCUGUCCACAUAUUCCAUAAUCAUGUUUGACACGACUGUUCCUCUCCCACAGCAUCGCUCUGAACAAGCUUGACAUCCUGGACACGCUGCCAGAGAUCAAAGUCGGUGUAGCCUACUCUGUUGAUGACGAGCCCCUUCCCAGUUUUCCUGGUAAGUUUCUCCCUGUCUAGGAGGACUAAUCUUGUCUUGCUCCUUUCACAUUACCAUUAGACACUUGAUUUGGCUUGACCUGUGCACUGGGGAGACUCCCAUCUCAUUCCCUCUCUCCCUCUGUAGCCAAUAUGGACGUGCUGACACGGGUGUCAGUGAAGUAUGAGACACUACCUGGAUGGUGCUGCAGCACUGAGGAUGUGAGGUGCUUUGAGGAGCUGCCCUCUCAGGCACAGAGCUACAUCCGCUUCAUCGAGGACUUCUUGCAAGUGCCAGGUUAGUCAAGAAAAAAAGGAUUUAUGGUGAUUUUUAAGCAGCCUUACUAAAACAAUCCUUAUUUUUAUAAUUGAUGAUAAUAUAUUCACUGUGAAUUUUGUUUCACUUUCAGUGAAAUGGGUUGGAGUUGGGAAAUCCAGAGAGAGUAUGAUCAAGCUGUUCUGAUCAGUUGGGGGUUUGGUAACUGAUGACCAAUUGGGUUUCUCGCCAUCACAACAGCUGCUUCAGACAAUAAUUAUGUUUUGUUGAUGAAUACUUUGACUAUAAACCUUGGGUUAAAGUCCCAAAGUCUGUUUUGCAGAAAAUAAAAACAUCACCAGCAACGUUGUUAGUGAAACUAAGUAACCUUUUGGGAGGUUCACUUUCACAUCAACUCUUCUGAACAGUAAUGUAUAACCUGCAUUCCAUAGCUUUCUUUUGUUCUGAUAUGACAGAAGCCAUUAUUGGGAUAUUAUGGUGUUCAUCCUCCGUAGCUAAUGGACAGGGUUAAAACCUUAAACACCUGCAGUAACCAUCCCAGGCUUCCAUCAACCUUUUCAUUCCAUUUCAUUGAACUAGUAUAGUAAAACACGUUUUACAACUCAGUAGGAGUUCUUUUUUUUCUUUUCUUUUUUUUUAAGCUGUAUUUUAAAAUGACCACACCUUGUAGUACAUUUUUUGCACAAUCUUUACUUAAAGGGAUACUUUGGGAUUUUGGCAAUGAGGCCCUUUAUCUACUUCCCCAGAGUCAGAUGACUAGUAUGCUAGCAAGUACCCAUAGACUUCCAGUCAUUGCGCCAACGCUAGUUAACACUGGCUCGUGAAACUACCUUUAACUUCCUUCAUACUGGACACAGAGACAUACAAAUGGUAUCAACUAGUUCAUCUGGCGAAGUAGAUAAAGGGCCUCAUUGCCAAAAUCCCAAAGUAUCCCUUUUAAGGGUUGUGAAACUAGACCAAUGUUUAGAGGCCUUGUAAUUAGGUCUUUCUAUGAGCUGGCAUGUUGUAUGAAUGAAUUAUAGGCAUGAUCUGAGAUGCAAAAGGGAUGCUGUCUUAAAGCCUUAGUUUCAUAUUGAUCAUUAAGAUCAAGAACUUGGGAUUGCACACGAACACACUGGUUGGUGUUUAGAA